AAGAAGGUGGCUGAAGCAACAAAAGGAAAGUUAAGGAGAAAAGGAACUCAGAAGAAUAAAAAGCUCAUUCUUCACUUUUAUAUUCAGACUUCAUCAGACGACUUUCUGAAAGGCAUUCUUCUUUUUUAGUAUUAAUUGUGGCAGAAUAUUUAAAAGGCAAAAUGAUGAGCAGCAGAGUCAUUGUCAUCUCCAUUGCGGUGCUCCUGGCCUUCCUGGCCGUCAGUGAAGGGAGUCUAGGAGUGGAGCUGCACUGCCGCUGUAUCCUGACAGAGAGCAAACCUAUUGGUCGCCACAUCGAGAAGGUGGAGCUGAUACCUGCAAACUCCCACUGCGAUGAGACUGAGAUCAUUGCCACUCUGAAAAGGACAGGCCAAGAAGUUUGCCUUGACCCCGAAGCUCCCUGGGUGAAGAAAGUGAUUAACAGGAUCCUGGCCAACGAAAAACGCUGAACAGACCGGGAGAGAUUUGCUUCAUGAGUCUCAGCUGUUUGAAGACAAAUCAAGAGUACCAAAAAGUAUUUGCUGUCAUCAACACUCAUUUCAUUUUAACACCAGAGGACUGCUGAAUGUCCCGAUCAAGUGUUGAAAAUGACAACAGGAUUUAAUCAUUAAUGUUAUGUUUGUAUCAAACAUAUUAUUUAUUUAAGUCUGUGCUUGUUUUUAUGUUACUUGUGUGUGUUGCAGCCAGUUGUUUGCUGUCAUUCAGCUGCUUCUGUUUGUAAAACUGCGUAACUGUUAUAUGUCUUUAAAUUAUGUGCUCAACAUAUUUAUUGAUAUAUUUAUAAAACUUUAAUGUAUUUGAGUACAGCUUUGUUGUUCUGCUGACAACCUGUUGAUAAAUAAAAAGUAUGUAUGA